AGACAGACGACAAGAGAGUCAUGGCCAGAUUGAAAGAUGCUCAUCAAGCCGAAAUAAUUAGAUCUCAACAAAAAGAUGAAUAUUAUAGUAGCUUUAUUAAGAGUAAUAUUCAUAAAGUUGUUCAAUCGUUCCUAGGACCAAGAAUAUUACUUAAAUGGCAAAAAGAAUUGGACAUAGCAGCUGAAUUUAUAUACUUUGGCCUGACAACGUUAAAUGGUUUACAAACACUUGGAGAAGAAUAUGUCAACAUUAUCCAAGUCGAUCCAUCAAAGCGGCAGGUUCCAUCGUUAAUUAGAAGAAUUUUUAUGGUAGUAUUGCACGUUUCCGCUCCGUAUUUGAUAGAAAAAAGUCUUUUAUAUUUGGAAAGACAAUUGGAAUUGAACAAUGAAUUGGGUUUAACGGAAGAGGGUCGAUUACUACUAUUAGAUCUUGUUAGAAAUUCACGCAAUAUCUUCCUACUUUUGCAUAGGUGCCAUUUAGCAAUUUUCUACUUCAAUGCUGCCUUUUAUCAUUUUGCUAAGCGGAUAUGCGGUGUAAGAUAUAUGGCAAUUAAACCGUUACUUGAAACUCCGCGACCCAGUUAUAAAAUUUUAGGAUGGUUAUCAGUAUCUCAAUUGGCUUUGGCACUUGCCUUUAAAUUAAUAGGGAUAUAUAAAAAAAGUAAAGAAAAGAGCAAUCAGAUCAAAACAGAAGAGAAAGAAAAAAGUGUAAAAACGAUCGAGAAGGAAAUAGACGAAGAAGGUGGAAGAAAAUGCCCUCUUUGCUUGAAUACAAUUAGUCAUACAACCACAACAUCUUGCGGUCAUCUUUUCUGCUGGUAUUGCAUUCACGAAUGGUGCGCUACGAAUCCUGAAUGUCCAUUAUGUAGGCAGUCAUGCGCUUCAUCAAGACUCGUUUAUUUACAAAAUUUUACAUAA